AUGGUCGCUACUAAGAACCUCGGACUCGCCGGUCUCCUUUGGCUCGGCCUCGCCAGCAAGGGACUUGCCCUUGAAAUCACCCAGAACGAUGAGCUCUCCCUCGUAGAGCGAUCCGAGCCUUCGGAAGACCUUCUCGUCCGCCAUGUGCCCGGCCAGAACCGCAACAGCUGGGGCAACCAGGGUAGCCGCCGCGGUCGAGAUGUCGAUGAGCUCGAUGAACGUGACUUCGAGGAGCUUGACGAGCGUGACUUUGAAGAACUCGAAGAGCGUGAUUUCGAGCUCGAGGUGCGCCACAAGCCCGGCCAAGACCGCAAAAGCUGGGGUAACCAGGGCGGCCACCGUCCCCGCGAUCUCGAGGAACGUCACAAGCCAGGCCAAGACCGCAAGAGCUGGGGCAACCAAGGUGGUCAGCGCCCUCGCGACCUUGAGGAGCGUCACAAGCCUGGUCAGGACCGUAAGAGCUGGGGUAACCAAGGUGGCCACCGUCCCCGCGAUCUCGAGGAACGUCACAAGCCUGGCCAAGACCGUAAGAGCUGGGGCAACCAGGGUGGCCACCGUCCCCGCGAUCUCGAGGAGCGCCACAAGCCUGGCCAAGACCGCAAGAGCUGGGGCAACCAGGGUGGUCACCGUCCCCGCGAUCUCGAAGAGCGCGGCCGUAUGAACAAAGAGACCUCUGGUCAACGGCAGCGUCGCCUUAAAUUCCAGAGAGAUCUCGAGGAGCGCCACAGACCCGGCCAGGACCGCAAGAGCUGGGGCAACCAAGGUGGUCAGCGCCCUCGCGAUCUUGAAGAGCGUCAUAAGCCCGGCCAGGAUCGCAAGAGCUGGGGUAACCAAGGCGGCCACCGUCCUCGCGAUCUCGAGGAGCGCCACAGACCUGGUCAGGACCGCAAGAGCUGGGGCAACCAGGGAGGUCAGCGCCCCCGCGAUGUCGAGGAUAUCGAGGAGCGUGACUGGGAUGAACUCGAGUAA